AUGAAGGCCCAGUGUAUGUCAACCACCAUUUGUAAAUGUAAAGCUACCUACAAGCAUCACCCACUCCUUCAUCGAAGAAUUUCGCCAUCAAAGGAUAACUCUAAAUUCCAGUCUAAUGAUCGUGGAUCCUCCAAUACCACUCAAAGACAACCAGAGAAAGACAAAGAGAAACCAGAAAGGGCAGCUGGAUCUGAACCACCCAAAUCCAAAUUUGGAAAGAACAGUCAACAAGAUUUGAUGGCAUCUUAUACGACAAUGACGCAAGGAAAGGAAAAUCACAUACUUUUACACGUUGUACCUGUUAAAGUGUUAACGAAGGAUGGAAACUCGGUCACGACAUAUGGACUACUUGACAAUGCAAGCCGUGGAACUAUUGUUGAUGCGAAAUUGGCAGAGAAACUGAACGUGAAAGGAAUUAAACAGUCAAUCGCCGUUACAACAGUGCUUGGAACACAGGAAUGCGAAUUUGAAUCAGUGUCCCUUUUGCUUCAGGCUGCAGAAGCCGCAGAUUCUGACCCAAUAUUGGUAGUGAGCGAAGGACUAGUGAAGGAGCUUGAUAUGAAUGAAAGAAUCCUCCCAAAUGAGAUUGACUGUCAAGGAUAUGAGCAUUUGGCUGAUAUAACUAUGCCUGAAGUCGAACUUAAGCGUGUUUCUAUAAUCAUCGGGGAAGAUGUAAAGGGAGCACAUAUUGUGCGCGAAGUUAGGGUAUCCGAAACCUCGGAAUGUGAGCUGUAUGCAACCAGAACAGCGCUUGGUUGGACUGUUGCUGGUAGUGUGAAUACGACUAACGCUGGUCAGAAAGAGUUAUCAGUUAACUUUCUUGAUACCACCAAUCAGAUGCUCAAUCGACAAGUAGAGAAAUUUUGGGAAAUCGAAACAUCAGGAUUGAAGGAGAACGAUUUGAGGAAGGCUGCAUCAGUUGAAGAUCGUCGAGCCGAGAAUAUUCUUCAAAGAAGCACAAAACUUGUAGACGGACAUUAUGAAACAGAAUUAUUGUGGAAGGACGAUUGUCCUCAAUUGCCCAAUAACAGAAUGGUGGCAGAGAAACGGCUGAAAUCUUUAAAGAAGAUAUUUAACCCUAUUUGUACCGGGGUUUUUUUCAUGUUGAUAUGACCGGGGGUGCGCUGAUAGGGCGCACCCCUCAGAAAUUCUGUCGAUUAACUGCUAUUAUCCUAUAAGUUUUAUUUUUAGUAAGUUUUAUCUUUCUUUAACCUAAAAAUAACAAAAAAGUUAAAUUCACAUCCAAAAUGCUGUUUUUUGGCCCCAAUGAAUAUGACCGCCUAUCCGAAAAUGGCGAAUAUAGCUAAUAUUUUACCCACUUUGGUUAUAUUUUGUAAAGAGAUAUAACAAAACAUUUUGGAUGUGAUAUUUUUUGGGUCUUUUACAUUCAAAAGACAUACUUUUAUGUUAUAGCAUAUCUCAGAUGUCCAUAAACACCACUAUUUUACUUUCCAAGUUGACAUUUCUGUGCCAUAUGGAAAGACAUACAAUUGAAACUUACCAGUCUCUCAUAUAAACAAUCCAAAUCAUUUUCAAGUUUCAACAUCACUGAUUUUACCUUCAUAUCUUUGUGACAGUGUCAUUGUUGUAUAAAUAAUGUUCCAUUAUUCUCAUAGUAUGCACAAUUGUGCAUUCUGUUGAAACUCUAGCACCUUUUUUGGCAUAACUUCUGCAGUGUAAACAUAAAAUGUCGACCAACAAAAGUUUGUAGAAAAAAUACCAAAUGGCAGCCAUGUUUUAUACCAAUAUACUAUGCGUUACAUGAAGUGUAAGGCAGGUGAGCUACGAGAUACGAGCCUGCAGUAUAGUUUUGAAAACACAAUAUUUACUUUGAAAAUAUGGCAAUCAUUCUGGAUUGUAUGCAAAAGUUUUACUCUCAUUUGGAACUGAAUUUCUGGUACGAAAGUGUUCAAUAUAUAAUGCAUCCUACAAGUUUGAUUCUUGCUGAAAGGCAGGGAGAUGUUAUGCCUUGAAGGUACAAAGAAAUAUGUAUGUGUAUUUGAAUAUAUAAAAAUAUUAUAUAAAAUAAGUAUUUUAUAUUAUAUAAUUAUAAGUAUUGUAUAGUAUGCUAUAUUAUAUGUUAUACUAUAUUUUACUAUUUUAUAUAAUAUAUUAUGGAUAUUCUACUUUGCAAAUCAUGUGUAAUAAUCCAUAUUUAUAUGUUCUCUUAUUAUAUUAUGUUAUUUAUGACCUGGGAAGUGAUUGAAGCCAAAAAAUACUGUCCAACCCACAUUUACCCAUUUUUGGCACCGACACCUUCUUUGACAAAUGUCGCCAAACGUCCGAAUAACUUUGAAUUUUCAGAAAUUAAUUUUUUUUCGCAGUCAUGACGGCAGAGGUAAAAUAUUAAAAGUCAUGAAAGUACAGGCAAAUCGGAUCAUUUGUUCAGGAAUGACGGAUAAAUAUUUAUAGGGGUGCGCUCAUUGUGCGCACCCCCGGUACAAAUAGGGUUAACGACCCAGAAUUAGAAACCAAGUAUCGAAAGACCACGGCAGAAUACAUCGAAAAGGGGUUCGCUAGAAAGCUAACAAAGGAGGAGGCUGAAGCCAAAACUGGCAAGACCAAUUACCUUCCUCACCACCACGUUAUCAAUAAGAACAAGUCUGAAAAGGUCAGAGUCGUUUUUGAUGCAGCGGCAAAGUUUGAAGAUACGUCCCUAAAUCAGAAUUUAUUGCAAGGCCCGGACUAUACGAACAGUCUCGUUGGUGUUUUUAUAAGGUUGGCGGACAUUGAAGGUAUGUUCAAUCAGGUGAAGGUAUCUCCAGAAGACCAGGAUGCAUUUCGGUUUCUCUGGUGGAGUGGAAGUCUCGACAAACCACCUGAUGAAUACGUUAUGACCGUACACGUUUUCGGGGCGACAGACUCGCCGAGCUGUGCAAACUACUGCCUUAAAAGGACUGCCGAAGAUAAUAAGAGCGAAUUUGAUAACCUUGUCGUUGACACUGUUUUAAGACAUUUUUACGUCGAUGAUAUGUUGAGAGCCCUAAAGAAUGAAGAAAUUGCUAUUAAAGUAGGUAAGAGUUCAAUGUCUUUGCUUUCACGUGGAGGCUUUAAAUUGACCAAAUUCAUGUCCAACAGUCGAAGAGUUCUUGAAGCAGUGCCUGUUGAAAGGAGAGCCUUGCCCGACCUAGAUCUAAGUCUUGACCAACUUCCUAUUGAACGCACGCUGGGUGUCCACUGGAACGUCGACGAUGAUGCCUUUUGUUUCAAGAUAAAACCUUGUGACAAACCAAAUACCAUGCGAGGUGUGCUUUCAUGUGUUUCCUCCUUUUAUGAUCCAAUGGGAUUUGCUGCACCAGUUCUUUUACCUGCUAAGCAAAUUCUCCAAGUGUGUUGGAGGAAGAUGAAUUGGGACGAUUUCCAGGAGAACGAUCUACUGAAAUCAUGGAUUAAUUGGAAAUCACUUUUACUAUUGAUGACUCAGAUAAGCAUCCCUCGUUGUUUCUACCGACUUCCAGAUCAUGACGAUGCUGUUGUCGAGUUACACCAUUUUUGUGACGCCUCAGAGAUUGGAUACGGUACCGUGUCGUACCUACGCAUCAUCUAUAGCGACGGAACUAUUAACUGUUCGUUUGUCAUGGGAAAGUCGAGAAAUGCUCCCAUUCGGUCACCCACGAUUCCAAGACUCGAAUUGCAAAGUGCAUUAUUAGCUGUACGAAUGAAUAAGAUGAUUAAAGAUGAGCUCGGUAUAACCGCACAUGAAAUGUACUUUUGGACGGACAGUAUGAUAGUAUUGUCGUAUAUUCGCAACACGACGAAACGAUUUCAAACGUACGUAGCUAACCGAGUAAACGAAAUUCGGGAAUCCACUGAUCCGAGUCAAUGGCGGCACUGUCCAGGAAGUUUCAAUCCUGCGGACGAUUGUUUUCGCGGUUUGGACCCUCAGCAAUACAUAGAACAAGAGCGAUGGCUAAGAGGUCCAGAGUUCCUUUCGAACCCCAGAGAUACAUGGCCCGAUGAGCCAAUUCAAGAGAUACCCGACAGCGAACUGGAAAUCAAAAAGAAGAAAACGACUUGUGCGACUCGCCUCCAGACGUCUGUAAGCCCUCUGCUCUAUGAACUCCUCGAAAGAUACUCGGACUGGUCGAAACUACUUAAAUAUGUGGCUUGGCUAUGCAAGUACAAAGCUUGGUUGAAAAAUGGCAAACGUUUAGAAUGCAAUACUUUAACCGUGGAUGACCUGACUUUAGCUAAACGAACGGUUGUUUCACUUGUUCAACACCAGUUGUUUCCGGAAAAAUUGCAAGAUCUUAAAAGAAAGGAUAAAACCGGUCAACGUGUGAAGAAUUCGAGUUUGAUUGUGAAGCUUAAGCCCAUGCUAGGCGAGAACGGACUCCCAAGGGUCUCUGGUAGAAUAUCAGAAGCACCAAGCACGUUUGACAGUAAACAUCAGAUGAUUUUACCGCAGAAUCACCAUGUUACAACCUUGAUAAUUCGUUUUAAUCACCAACAACUUGGACACUGCGGACAAGAGCAGUUGUUAUCUCGACAUCGAGAAGAAUUUUGGAUCGUUAAGGGCAGAGCGACUAUUAAACGAGUGAUCAGCAAAUGCAUAUCGUGUAGGAAAAGAUACUCUGUACGGAUGACCCAAGAAAUGGCAGAGUUACCUAAGGUUUGCCUUACUCCUUUCGAACCUCCCUUUACAAACACGGGCAUUGACUUUUUCGGACCACUUAUGGUAAAACACGGACGGGGUUCUGCCAAGCGUUAUGGAUGUAUAUUUGUAUGUAUGGCCUCGAGAGCCAUACAUCUAGAACUAGCCCAGUCCCUGCAAACCGAUGAUUUCAUCAUGGUGUUACGAAGAUUCUUAAACAUUCGGAACUGCGUUCAGAUAACGGUACAAAUUUCGUGGGCGCAGAGCGCGAGUUACGUGAAGCUUUAGAAAGGUGGAAUCAAAAUCAGAUUGAAGAGCAUUUAAGACAAAGCGGAGUAGAAUGGAUUUUUCACCCGCCAUUAGCGUCCCAUAUGUCGGGAGUGUGGGAGAGACUGAUUCGUGGUGUUAAACAAUCGUUGAAGGCUAUCCUAGGAAAGACAUUAGUUAAAGAAGAAGUCUUGAGAACGGUGUUAUCAGAAGCCCAAGGGAUUGCCAAUUCCAGACCUCUGUGCCCGAACUCGGACGAUCCUCGGGACAUGGAGCCGUUAACUCCAAAUCAUCUUUUAAUUCAAAGACCAGCGAUUGCUCUACCUCCUGGAGAAUUUGACGAUGCUGAUUUGUACAGUAGGAAGAGUUGGAGACAAUCACAGAUUCUGAGUGAUCAUUUUUGGAAACGCUGGUUACACGAGUAUCUGCCAACUUUACAACUAAGACAAAAGUGGCUUACACCUCAACGGAAUCUGUCGAUUGGUGAUCUUGUAAUCCUAGUGGACGAGAACAUUCCGAGAGGACGUUGGUUGCUGGGAAGAGUUACGAAUGUGUUUCCUGGGAAGGAUGGCCUUGUCAGAGUUGCCGAAGUGAAAACGAAAAACAAUGUUCUGAAACGUCCAAUCCAGAAGCUAUGUUUUCUUGAAGCUGGAGAAUAAAACUGAAUGAGCUACGUGAUACGCUCAUUGGGGGGCCGGGUUGUUACGAAUGCUGCCAUAAUUAAUACAAUUAUUUCGCGCCGUUUGUUGACAUUAGCAUAAUUAAUUUAGGGCCAGUCCUCGCAAGCGAGGCCUUUUGGAAAACUAUUGAUAUUCGUGAUAUAUAUACAAACGUAAUCUGCUGUAAAAUCGCCAUAAGAUGUAAGUAUUUCUUUCAUUUUGACUUUGAACCACUUGAACUUGUUAUUAAUGAACGUUAUUUGUAAUUCUAUGUAGCAAACCUUUGUUUACGACCGAUAUUAGUCGAAAUACGGACAGAAUCGAGGACAGAAUGAUGCAUGGAUAUUUGAUAUGUACAAGAUAUUUGUCAUGA